UUAGCUCUCCUUUGGCCAAGGGUUUCUACUGUACAAUUCUCAGUUCAAAGAGACACCAGAACCAGAUACUCCUAUUACCUCCAUUUUCUUGUUUUUUUUCCCCUUCAAUGGCUUCAACAACUCCUCACCUCAUUACUGUCGACGAUGACGACGAGUUCGAUUGGGAAGCAGCUUUUAGAGAGAUAGAUGUGGCUUGCCAAACCACGAAACCCUCGAUUUCAUGCUCGGACAACAACAAACCCAAGCUCUCUAAGCAAUCUACUCUCGAUAGAUUCAUCAGCCCCGCCGGCGCUGUACCGCCAUUGGAGAAUGGGGAUACAUUAGAUAGAGAUAAAAGUAACUUGGUUGGUGAUGAAGGGCUGUGCUGCAUUGACGUUGAUGCUGAGGCAGCCAAAACUUGGAUAUAUCCAGUUAAUGUUCCUAUGCGUAAAUAUCAGUUAUCUAUAACCAAGACAGCUCUAUUUUCAAAUACAUUGGUGGCGUUGCCAACUGGUCUUGGCAAAACCCUUAUUGCUGCUGUUGUUAUGUACAACUAUUUCAGAUGGUUUCCUGAAGGGAAGAUAGUUUUUGCAGCUCCUUCUCGGCCGCUUGUCAUGCAACAAAUAGAAGCAUGCCAUAAUAUAGUAGGAAUACCACAAGAGUGGACCAUUGAUAUGACAGGUCAAACAAGUCCUACAAGGAGAGCUGGCCUCUGGAAAGCUAAACGAGUUUUCUUUGUUACACCUCAAGUGUUGGAGAAGGAUAUUCAAUCUGGUAUAUGUCUGGUAAAAUACUUGGUGUGUUUGGUGAUUGAUGAGGCUCAUCGAGCUUUGGGAAAUUAUUCCUAUUGCACAGCAGUUCGUGAGUUGAUGGCGGCACCAGUGCAGCUGAGAAUCUUAGCUUUGACAGCAACACCAGGAUCAAAGCAGCAAUCUAUCCAGAAUAUAAUUGAUAAUUUGCAUAUAUCGACGCUUGAGUAUCGUAAUGAAAGUGAUCAUGAUGUCAGCCCAUAUGUGCAUAACAGGAAUGUUGAAUUAAUAGAGGUUGCGAUGGGCCAAGAUGCUAUUGAGAUAAACAAUGUGCUAUUAGAAGUAAUACGACCAUUUGUGAUUAGGCUUUGUGCAGUUGGAGUGCUUCAGAAUAGAGACUUGCAAACUUUGAGCCCAUGUGAUUUGCUUAAUUCAAGGGAUAAAUUUCGUCAAGCACCGCCACUAGCCCUUCCUCACAUGAAGUAUGGGGAAGUAGAAGGUUAUUUUGGAGCUCUUAUUACACUUUACCAUAUUCGUAAGUUACUUUCCAGUCAUGGAAUAAGGCCAGCCCACGAGAUGCUCGAAGAAAAAAUGCAACAAGGGCCUUUUGCAAGACUUAUGAGUAAAAAUGAAGUUCUUUGGAAAGCCAAGUGCUUAAUGCAGCAAAGCUUGUCUAACGGCACCCCAAAUCCAAAAUUGUCUAAAAUGUUAGACAUAUUGAUUGAUCAUUUCAAAGCAAACAAUCCACAAAAUUCAAGAGUAAUCAUUUUUUCAAAUUUUAGGGGGAGUGUCAGGGACAUAAUGGAUGCAUUAGCAAAGAUUGGGGAGUCAGUUAAAGCUACCCAGUUUAUUGGCCAAAGCUCAGGAAAAGCAUCAAAAGGUCAGUCACAAAAAGUUCAGCAGGCAGUUUUGGAGAAAUUUCGCGCUGGUGGAUUCAAUGUCAUUAUUGCCACGUCAAUUGGUGAAGAAGGCCUGGAUAUCAUGGAAGUUGAUCUUGUAAUAUGUUUUGAUGCUAAUAUCUCACCGUUGCGAAUGAUUCAACGCAUGGGGAGGACUGGAAGGAAACAUGAUGGACGAGUUGUAGUUUUAGCCUGUGAAGGGUCAGAAAUGAAGGGUUACAUGCGAAAGCAAGCAAACAGCAAGACUGUAAGGAAACACAUGCGAAAUGGGGGGAUGAAUAGUUUUAAUUUCCAUUCUAGUCCAAGAAUGAUUCCCCACAUUUUCAAACCUGAAGUUCAGUUUGUUGAGCUAUCAAUUGAACAGUUUGUUCCUCGUGGAAGGAAAGGAAAAGAUGAUCAUCCUAUCCAGGCACCUAUUUCUACAGACAAGCUAACCAAUGUUGAGACUGAAGUUCUUGCAAAGUAUUUUGGCACUACCGGAAAGAUAACAUGGCGACCAUCUCUUAUUGCUUUUCCACCCUUUCAGGCAUUUCCCACUGGAGUGCAUAAAAUACCACAUUCAUUCAGAACAGAGAUUCUGAUUGACAUGAUGCAACAUUUGCAAGGUCUAUCAUUUUCAGGAAACAGCAAAACAUUCUUUGUUGAGGGUGAAGUCUCCACAAAUGAGCAUCUGGGAGUUGAAACUGUUGAACAGUAUGACAAAAGUAGAGUGGGCAACAUCACCUUCAACAACUCAAAUGGCUUGUGCAACAAACCUUGUGUUUUCAGAAAAGAUGAAGCCUCUAUGGAUGAGCAUUUGGCAGUAGAAACUGUUGAACAGCAUGAGGAAAGUAGAAAAGAUUCAAUUAUUUUUGGUGAUUCCCCAAAAGCGCAACCAAUAAGAGAAUUGUCUUAUUCUGAAGAAUCACCUAUAAGGAACACAAAAACCAAGGAGAAGCAUAGCAUGUCUAGUUCCCAAGGCAACAAUCCUCAUGUGCAUUCCUAUCUAUUUGGGUCCGAUUUUGUAUCUGUUGACACUCUUGGAAAUGUCUUAAUUUUAUCUGUUCCCUUAAUUCCUUCAAAGGAAGUUUCACAUUCUAAGUGUGCAAGUGCAAGCAGUAGUAUGUUGCUAAAUUGUUUGAAGCAAGAUUCUUGUCAUAGUGGGACUUCACAGGGACAGCACAAAGGACAAAGUAUGGAAGAAAAAGCCGUUGCAAACUUGAGGACUUCUGGCCAGGCAAGAUGCACAAUGGACGAGACUCUGCUAAUAUCCAAAUUACACAACUCUCUCGGCCAGCAAGAGAAAAAACUGGAUGGGGUUGAGGAGAUUGUUCAGACUCCAAUUUUGAAGGGAAGUCUGUCACAUGAAGGAGAUACUGCUGUUGAGACUCUUGUGGCAAACAAAACACCAAUAUUUCUAGCUGCUGAGUCCAGUGAUGAUAUUGGAGACACUGACCUUAGUCCACGGUUAACUAAUUUGAUCAAAAGCGGCGUUGUUCCAGAGUCUCCUAUAAAUGAAAGUGGGCCAUCAAAUGGAAGACCAAGAAAUGAGUUUCUUGUUCCAGAUCUUGUUUCACCUGCCAAAGUACUUUCUGAAAUGUUACUGACUGGAAAGAAUGAAAAGGUCACUUUGGAUGUUAGUACCUCUGGACAAGAUACCUUGAAUUCUCCAAUUAGUAAUGGAAUGCACUCUCCUAUACUCAAGCCAGACAUUAGUGCCAAAGCAAGAGGAAGCAAUCCCUCUUCUCCAAUUGUUGAGGAAGUCAAAACUCCCUUGGCAAAUCUGACAAACAAUAGUUGUAGCAAAGACUGGCAUCUAAGCUCUGGAGACAAGUCAGCAAGUGUCAAGCAGGAAAGGAAGUUUAAAAGGUUGCGCAAAUAUGGGGACACUGGCCAAAGGAGGAAUAUGAAGAGCAUGAAAGAAAAUUCUAUUGACCCUUCAGGAAACCUUGCCGAAACUUCUAGUAUUAUUCCUAUCAGAAAUAAGCAUAACAGAGGUAAACAAAAGCCAGUUGACAAUGUCAGAGCAUUUAUUGAAGAGGAAGCUGAGGUAUCUUCAGAAGCUGAAGUAUCUGAUGAUGAGGAAGAUGACCAGAACAACAAUUCAUAUGAUGAUAGUUUCAUAGAUGACAGAAUAGAUCCUACAGCAACAAGUACUCAAGCUGAAGAUAGUAGAAGUGACAUGAUGGCAAUUUACAGGCGUUCUUUACUCAGUCAAUCACCAGUUGUGAGGCAGCCAAACUUUUCUGCUGAUUUUAGUCCUUGCACUCUGGCUCCCAUGACCAGGAUAACUGAAACUGGAAGCUCUUUGAGCAAGACAACAUAUUCUCUAAAUCAGUCUUCAGAGAGGAAUACGGUUUCCAUUCAAAUCAACCCAGAAAUAAUCUCCUCAGAAGCAAUACCAUGGACUAGUGUUUCCCCAAGAGAAAAUGAGAGAGAGUUGGAAAGUCGGAAAAGAAAAUUGGGCAUUUAUCAAGGUGGAUCUGUUCCUGUAAUCAACUUAGAGCGACAAUUUCAGUUGGAGGCUGCCAGCAAAGAAUCAUCCUUGCAACAUCAAGCUGAGAAAAUCGAAACAAUUGGAGAUGUGUUCUAUGAUGAUCAAUUUUAUGAGGGGCUUGACCUUGAUGCAGUGGAAGCUCAAGCUACCAUGCUACUCAGACACAAAUCAGAGUUGUUCACACAGAAGCAAGACCCACAAAGUCUGGAUCUUUUUGGUUCUCCAACAUUUGAUCUUGGGAUUUAAUAGUCUGGAAAUAUAAAAUUCCAAGCAAUGCCCUGCAGAAUUUGUGUGAAGGACUACUGCAGCCUGGAAAUUUGAUGGGUACAAGGUUUUUUUGUUCUUAGAAGCAAUGUGAUGAACAUCUUAGGGAGUGCAGACAGGUGUUAUUUAUGAUAGAAAUGCAUGUAAACUAGGCAUAUUUGUGAAGGGCAGUGUACUCAGAUGCUGUAUGUCCUCAUCAUUUGUAAUUAAAAUGGUUCAGAAUAAAAGUUUUGAUCCCUGAGGAAUGGAGCAAAACAGCCUGUGUGUUGGGUA